CUCAGCAUUUCCCACUGGUGAAAAUCUGACGAUCAGUUAAUGCUGACUUCUUGAACACCUAUCAGUGACUAUAGCAAAGCUUCAGAACGUACACUGACGAACCCAGGCUGUUGUCAGCAGUAUUACACCAGACACACAGUAGCACAUACAUAACACAGCUGCUCCUUUAAUCACGCAUAGGUAGUGUUACAAUCCAUCAUUCCCUGUUGUUUAAAUUACAGCCAGUUAGUUGAUCUUUAUGGAGUCUGGGUUUUUUUUGGAGGAAGUUUACUCUCUAUUGACGAUUAAAUUCAAAGCUAGUCUGCUGCCCUGCAGCUACUCGAAAAGGCAUCUGCUCACACACACAAAAUUCCCUCGUGGCCUUUUCACAUCUUCAAAGCAAGGAAACAUAAUUAAUACGCUGUAGGGUUUAAUAGGAAAGUGACAUAGAAAGAUAGAUUUCAAGCAGAGAGAGAGAGAGAGAGAGAGAGAGAGAGAGAGAGAGAUUGAGAGAGAGCUGAUGCUCUUGACUCUGAACAAAUCAACAAUCCACUCCUUCCACAAUUGAUUAGCUGAGUCUGUCUGUAUUUGGGGUUGUGUGCAGUAAAUUGGCAUUGAUGGGCUGGACUGUACAUCCCAGAGAACUGGUCAGAGAGCAAGAGAAAGAGAGUGUGUGUGAGUGAGUGAGUGAGAGACAAAGAAAACAAGAGAGUGAGAAGAAAGAUUGUGUGUGAAAGAGAGAGACUGAUUUUGUCUGUGUGAGUGUGUGUGUGUGAGAGAGAGAGAGAGAGAGUGAGAGAGAGAGAGAGAGAGAGAGAGAGAGAGAGAGAGAGAGAGAGAGAGAGAGAGAGAGAGAGAGAGAGAGAGGUGGGGGUUUGCUGUUGGUGUCAGGACUCUCCAGGAACUCUACAGUAAAGGCAAGAGGGUAGAGAUUAAAGGCUCAGAUGAAUGAAAGACUGCUUGCGGUGUGCAGAAGCCUGGAAUAAUGCUGCAGCAGAGCAACUCUGUCUCUCCUGGCACUGAGACUGCUUGGACUGAGAGCUGCACGUGUGAAUAUUUCUCUGGAUGACUUGGACUUGGCAUGUCAUCUCUAUAGCGACAGACCGAAGGAUCAGCAAUAUGGGACAGUGCUGUUGUAAAACCAGAAAGAAGCUAUCUCGCCAGCCCAGAGGGAGUGCUGGGGACCGGGACCGGAUGGCUGUCAAUCAUGAAGCAUUCCUCCUAAUGGCAAACUCCCAGAAUGAUAUGGAGGACUGGGUCAAAGCCAUCAGGCGAGUGAUAUGGGCUCCAUUUGGCGGAGGUAUAUUUGGACAGCGUUUGGAAGAUACAGUCCAAUACGAGAGGAAAUUUGGAAGGCAUUUGGCUCCAUUAUUAGUGGAACAGUGUGUGGACUUUAUCAGAGAAAAUGGCCUUAAUGAAGAAGGGUUAUUUCGCAUGCCUGGGCAAGCCAACCUGGUCAAAGAACUCCAGGAUUCUUUCAACUGUGGAGAAAAGCCUCUGUUUGACAAGAACACAGACGUUCACACAGUUGCAUCCUUACUGAAACUGUACCUGAGGGAGUUACCAGAACCAGUCAUCCCAUUUGCCAAGUAUGAAGACUUCCUUUCAUGUGCACAGUUGCUGGCUAAGGACAAAGAAGAGGGUGUCCAGGAGCUGAUCAAACAAGUCACUGGUCUGCCUCAGGCCAAUUACAAUCUCCUCAAAUAUAUCUGCAGAUUCCUUGAUGAAGUUCAGUCUUAUUCAAGUGUUAAUAAAAUGAGUGUCCAGAACCUUGCAACGGUCUUUGGGCCAAAUAUUUUGCGUCCAAAAUUGGAGGAUCCGGUGACAAUGAUGGAAGGUACGUCCCUGGUGCAGCAUCUAAUGACCGUGCUGAUCAGUGAGCACGACAGGCUCUUCCCUAUCAUUUCCAGUGACAUUCCCGUCCCCCAGCCCGACACGAGGUUGCUGAGCAAGCGCUGCCUGGUGGAGUGGGUGUCAGAGGAGGAGUGUGAAGAGGCCGAGGCUGACAAUCAAGCGAGGAGCUCCUGCAACAGUGCCACCUCACUGGACGUGAACGUGAGCACCCCCGUGACUGUUUCCAAAAAUGCACCUCGAGACCGAGCAGACAGGCCUGUGGCUGGCAGUACCAGCCCUAGCAGAAGACUGCAAACUCUCCCCGGCUGGAAGUACUCAUUUAAACAGACGGGAGGAAGGUCCAGUAGUGCUAAAGUAGGUGGCUCGACUUUAGAUAUUCCACACUUAACAACCAGUGGGAAUUGGCUAAUGAAUGGAUUGUCUUCACUACGAGGACACAGAAGGACUUCCUCUGGGGACAGGGUCAAAGAAUCUGGGUCUUCACGUCUAUCAACCUACGAUAACGUGCCAUCGUCCAACCUUUCCCUGAGCGCAGGCGACAGGCACAGUGUGGCCAGCACUACCUGGUCGACGUCAUCCUGUGAAAUUUCCGUGGCUGACUCCAGCAGUUCCCUAACGUGUCAGGAAAGUGACUCUCUGGUGCUCAACUGUACGAAAGCUGACUGGCCGGUGCACGCCACCCAGCCACAGGGCGAGGCGCCGAGGAGUGAGCCCUGCAACGGGAGCGAGGCGUUUGACGUGUGCAUCAGCAGCGCGAGCUGCAGCGAGAACAGUGACUUACUCUUUGCGUCCAGUGACUCGGCCACAUGCUCGAAAGCGCUUCAGAGCCUGGUCACGCAGCUCAAGUCAGAGCUGACCAGACAAAGGGCAGAGUACGAAACCAGGAUUAAAAGGCUUGAGGAGUCCAGCACAGAGCUGAGAGUGCAAGUGAACAAACUGGAAGAAGAGUUGGACCAGGGGAAAAAGAAAUACACCAUGCUUGAGAUUAGGAUGCGGAACACAGACCGGGCACGUGAAGAUGCGGAGAAGCGAAACCUCCUCCUGCAGAAGGAAAUGGAGGACUUCUUUGCCACCUUAGGAGACUUUACGCUGGAAUCCAGGGAUUCCAAUCCCAAGUAGCAAAAUCUGUUCUUAAACCUGCGACAUGCCAGACCACAAAGACACCCGUUUACAAACACAGUUGAUAUUUUAUAAGAAGCAUAUGCAUUUAUUUUUAAUGCUAUGAUUUAAUGUGGUAUGAGCAUUAAUAGUCAUUUAUGUUUUGUACUACUCAUGCUUUUUUGUCGCUGUUGGGAAGGCUCUCGUGGGCCCCACAGGCUGUUUACAUAUUGAUUUUCUGCAAGUAGACAUUUGGAAGUUAGUAUGUCUUCUCUUAAGCCCAUUCCAAAGAGUCCCAAACCCUGCUUCUGCUCAAGAAGCAACCAUGUUUACAACGUGAUGAGGCUUAUUUCCUCUCUGUACAUCAAGACAUUGUAAUGGUGCAACAAUUUGGUGGGUCUGAAAUUGAGGUGGAAAAGUUAAGCAUACGACUUUUUCUUCCGCCCCCCCCCCCACACCCCACCCCAAAAAAAGUCAGGCUGUAAUUCACCUCAUUCAGUUUCCUGGAGAGCAAAUUGUCAUGUUUGUGUAACUUACAGUAAACCUCUAAUGAUCAGUUGUCCGAUUAUUCGGAACUCCGGGUGUUUUGGCACAGGACUCACGCAUUAAUCCAGAGUGGGAGCUGGAUGUCACCCAGAUGUCGGGUUUGGAAAACUACCAACAUGAGCAUGGUUAACUGUCCAUUUACAGUUAGACUGCACAAAACAGGCCCAUCAAACACACUUCUACACGAACCCUAUACUGGUCCAAUUUGAAGAAGAAAAAUCUCCCUAUAGCUCAUCAGAAGUUCUACUAUUCACCGACACACUAGAGUACAUGAUAUAGUGGCCAGUUAACCUCCCAAACCAUUUGUCUUUGGGUCGUGGGAAGAAACCGAAGCUCCUGGAGAAACCCACUAUAUCACAAGACUUCACACAGACUGACCUCAAGAUCUCUGAAGCAGUGUCAUCCGUUCUCUGUUCUCACACAGUUAAACAAGGUACAAGCUGAAACUCACAUGUUCUAUGUCCCCACACUCUCUUUAAACUCACCAGGUUUGACUACACUGUCAUCCCACUGCUUAUUAUACUGCUGUGUAACAUGUUUAACAAAUGUUAUUAGACGAUAGUCCAGAAAACCUGCUACUCCAGUUUACAUCUGGGCUAUUGCAGUGUGAGUAAACAGAUGGUCAAUUUUUGCUUAGCCUCCGAGUACCUGUGCAUAUCUAUUAGCUUCCACCUCUUGUCAGUGUACUGCUGAUUCACACAGAAUGUUAAGCUCUUUGUCAGUAAUUUUGGAACCACUGCAACAGCUCAGAGUUGUGCACAAGCUGUCUUGUAGCAAUGCUAUGCAAGGCUGCCACCUAGAGGUUUUAACUCAGCUCUACACAGUUUCAUUCGGGCGCGAUGGGAAACCACUCCACUUAUGGAUUGUUUGAAAUGACUGUGUAUGGUCCAAUUUUUCUGCUCGGUAUGCAGAUCAGAAGCAAAAAAAAAAAAAAAUACUGGGAAAAGUAAACUGUUAGUAGACAGGCAAAAUUGUUACAAACAUUGAAGCAAGGAGCCUUCAAUAACAUGAGAACCUCUCUGCUUUAUGAUGAGUUAUGAUCUUCAUUUGAAGAGCAAUACCAACAAAUUCCUGUGUUUCUAUAUCAGACAUCCAGACAUAUAGUAAUAUCAGACAUUUAGUAAUUCCUUUCUUGCUCACCAUAUAUCAGACAUCCAGGUUAUGCAGACAGUAAUGAUCCGAUUCACUAAGCUUGAGAAAAAUCAAAGGAAUGAAGUAUUUUAUAGAAAAAGGCUAUUAAAAUAUCAUUCCUUGUAACUAUUAGCCAUUGAAAUACCAAACUUUAAUGGCUACCUGUUCAUUUAGCCUAUUUUUUAAUUAUAGAAAUAGAUUAAUAUUAACAUUUUAUCUUAAUGUUUUCCCUAUUUCAAGUUUUUCCCUGUCCUUAUGUACGAUUGACCAAAUUGGCUGGAUCCAAGCACAAGUUUCAUACUGUUAAGUUGCUGUAGACUUGAGGGGAUGUGGAGGAACCUGUAUUUAUAUUAAUGAAUAAUAAAUUAGAGCACAAGAUAUUGUCUGAAAUGGUGCUGGGAUAAAGCAUAACUAAAUCCAUAAUAUGGGUAGAGCCUCACUGGAUAAUGCAUUCAGAUAAUUGUCCCAGAGACUUGGUGUGAAUGAACUCAGCUCAUAGAUGGAGGAAAUGAUAAACUGUGGUUUCCAUAACUUUCCUGGCAUGGUGCAUUCACACAGAAAGCCAAAGUCUUUUUAGAAUCAAGGUUAAUCAGCUUCCCAUUGAUCGCCACGGUUACUGCCUGUUCUCAUUGCCAGCAUUUUAUGUUUUAUUUCUACGUGGAAGAUAUUUUAACAGUCCCUAUGAUAUCACAUUCACUGUCCUUUUGAUCCAGAUACAGCAAAUUCUCCUUAAAGUGCAAUCCUGUUCAGAUGAUGGGUUGAUCACAGCUGCAAUGCUUCUUCGACUGUUUGAAACCUUUGAAUAUUUAACCAGUUGCUCAUUUUAAAAAAAAACUUUUAUACAGAGACAGAUAAUAAAAUCUAAAAGCACUCAGUAGGGGCCCCACAGGAUUCAAGUGCUUUAGAUCAUGAAUGCAUGCCAAUGUGCUCUUGAUCAAGAAGACAUAAAUGCCACAAUUGAUUUUAUUUCAUGUCAGUCUUUGGUUUGCUGUCUCCAACAAAAUUUGAUAUAUCAUUCAAGGAAAGAUUGGCAGUAGUUUUAAGCUCCCGUUCCACAGUGGCCAUCAAAAUAUGAAUCUAGAUACAUCACCCACUCUUCUCGUAAGAAAAUGCUUUUCAAACAUUCCUCCUAGUUUAAGCUGUGAGGUGAGAAACACAGCAAGAUGUUGUGACUGUAUAUUUCAAUUAAUGACCUUAAUGUGUAACUGAUCAAUAAAGACCAUCGUGUAAAAGGGCAAAGGUCACAUAACUGCUGUUUAAGAGUUCUGUCAAAUGGCUUGUUCAGUCUCUUGUCUAUUUACAGGAAAUGAUGUGUAUGGGGAAAUUAUUUACAUGGAUGUUAUUUCUUACAUAUCAAGUGUAAGUUAUAAAACUGUAUUAAGCACAAUGUCAAUUAUUCAAAAUUUCAUCAUCACCUGCCAUUUUAAGGGACUUUAAAAUUCAAUCUGUCACUUGAGAAUGAACUGUGAGUAAGUGUUUUAAGGGCCAGUAUUGCAAAGUGCAAUUGGAUUUCUGACAAUCCUUACAUGUUCUAAAUAACUUGCUAAGGAAACCUUUAUCAAUGAAGUGAUCAGAACCUUUGGCUAUGACAAUUGGAAUUGCAAUGGAAUAGAUUAUUACUCUUGAAAAUGGAAUAGGUUCAGCAAGGCCCACAUUUAGUCCCAAAGGGUUUAAAUGCAUAUGAUGUUUUUCCACAAAGUUUGUUUGCAUGUGGCUGCAUUAUUGUAAUAGAACCAGAUACCAAAUGCCCAGCAUUAAAAGAAUACCAGUAAUCCAGAAUACUAGGGGGAGAAAAAGCAACAAAUAGCAUUUUCCCCUCAAUCUUUGCUAGCUCAUGGCUGGUAUUCAGUGUCCCAAUGGGACAUUAUAAAAUGUCUGCAUCUAUGUUAGAAUUUAACUAUUUUCCCCCUUCUCCUCUGGAAUUAAACCUGACCCAUAUGACUGGCCUCCAGAAGAGGCCACAUUCAGUAUGGAAUCCAGCACAACUAGGUCUCCCCCUGGGAUCAUUACACCGUGUCAGGGCAGGGAAUCACUUCAUUCCCUAGACUAUGAAUGUCCAAGGGCAAAUAGCAACUGCCAAAGAAUGAAGAGGAAAUCAAUUGGUAAGGGUGAAGUUACCUGAUGAAAUAUCCUUUUGAAAAUGGGACAAAAAGCUUUUCCUACCAAAUAGUGGUCAACUGAAUGGUGUCAACAGUAGAAGGUUUAUAGAGAGGGAAACCCCAUACAUUCAUGUGUCAAAACAGAGCCAUGUCAGCGGGAACAGACCCUGCAACAUCAGGGCACAAACAGCCUGUGGGAGUUUGCAAUAUCCAAUAGUGUUACAAACAAAAGAAAACCUCAUGUAUUCAUUGGGUAUGAGUUACAUUCUGCUUUCCAUUUGGAAUGAUAGACGGGAUAACAGAGAGAGCUCAAAUGCAUGAGCAAUGCAGGUCCCCUCUUAUUUUUGUAUGAAAUCAGGAUUGUCUUGGUGGUGUGCACUCGCUUUACCCGGAGUGACUGGUGGAGUCGUCGUGUUAUCACUGUGGAACCAAGCAACUAAACAAGGCAGAUUGUUAACCUGCUACUGAGAUAGGACAGGCAGCACAGAUGUGGUGAUGGCAGUAUUAAUAUGUAUAUGCCUUAUUUUUAAAGAUCAAAUCACUAAUCACAUAGCUCCAGGAUAGCUGCAUUAUCCAGUUUUCUGUGCCUUUUGAACACAGUGGGCUGUUGUUCCAUAGUCCAUGCAUUUACUUAUUAAAACAGUAAUGACGUUGUCUUUGAAAGUAAGGCCUGUAUCUUGGGACAAUAAAUUAUUGCUUGAAGCGUGAACCAAUUUGCACACACAAUUUGAGAUUUGAGCAUGUCUUUCAUGAGACAUUUAAAAUGUCCAACCAAUGUUAUUGAUGUAUUUUAUUGGUUUUUGCACUAUGUAAAAAAAAUAGCUUGUAAGUAAACAGACUCUUUACUGUUCCUCUACUGAAUAUAUUAAGCUUUUUA